GAAGAGUCGCCGCGAGACAAGCUUUGCAGGCAGAAAACCAAUCGACAAUCUCUACUGAUGAGGAUUCAGGAGCAGUGCUCGACGAGCAAGUGCCUGCUGAAGUCAUGGCGCAGCCGUCGGAGAAUACCGUGCAGCACGCUCAGAAAGCCACCGAGUCGACUGGCCAGGGCCAACGACCACGGGUGCCACGAAACAGAAAGAACAGAAUCUCAGCUGAUGAGAAGCGCAAGAGCAAGAAGUAUGGCCUCGAUUCCGCCUUAAAGCAAACAGGCCAGAAAACAGCAAGAAAGUCUAGAAAACGGAAAAGCGAAGACACUACCCCUGAUUCCGAGCCAGUCGAUGCUCCCACACGCAAAAAGGCAAAACGGUUUGCUACUCAGGCAUCUGAGGAGUUUCUCAGGACUCUUAUCACCCCCGAUGUGAUCGAAGAUGCGCACGCUAGUGCUUCUGCACAGGCCAUGCCUGAGUUUGGAGAGAGGGACAAAGAGAAGGCGUUCAGACGAAUGAUAGCUAGUAUUCCUGCGGCGGAUCUUGCCGAAGCGAAGUCGGACCAUAAACGCAUAAUAAUCGCAAGCCGCAAAUUCUCGAAAGGUGUGAGAAAGGAUGGGACAGGAGGUUAUCGCAUCCCAGGUAUGAGAACAAGCUUGUACCACUAUCAAUUACUGGGGGCGGCAUUCAUGCGUGAUCGAGAGAACGCAUCUUAUCCACCCUACGGCGGGUUUCUGAGCGACUUCAUGGGCUUGGGUAAGACAAUUCAAGCACUAGCAAACAUCGUCGACGGGCGGCCCUCGGACCCAGACGACCCCAUCAAAACCACACUGAUUGUUGUUCCAUCACAUUUGGUAUCACAUUGGAAAAAUCAAAUUAUCAGACAUUGCGAUGGUAUCAAACUCAAGGAGAUCGUCACUUACUGCGCUGGACAUAGAUUGGAUACAUUGGACAUCGUUGGAAGCCUCCAGGAAUACAGUGUCAUCAUCACCACGUACGACGAGGUGAGAAGGUCAUAUCCUCAAAGCUGCAAGCCACCAGCGGGGACCGGGACUGAAGAUGAAGUAAUUGCAUGGUGGGAUCAACAUUACGAAGAGCAUCUCGGCCCUCUGCAUAAGAUAAAGUAUCACCGGAUUAUUCUUGAUGAGGGGCACACCAUCAGAAACCAUGGUUCAGCUGUGUCGAUGGCUGUCUGUGCUUUGACUGGCACUUACAAGUGGAUCCUGAGUGGCACGCCUAUACACAACUAUAUCGACGAACUAUUUCCUCAAUUUGACUUCCUGGGGGUACCCGGCACCAAAACCCAUGAAAAGUUCCUCAGAGAUUACUGCCAGGAUGACGAUGGCCAUAUGCGCCUGGUCAAUCUCAUACGAUCAUUCAUGCUUCGCCGAACUCACGCCAGCCGGCUUUUCUCAUUUCCUUUGGUCAAACUACCGGAUGUUCGUGAUGAAGUCAUCAAAGCCGAGUUCUGCGAUGCUGAACGUGAGCUUUACAAUGCCAUUGAAGACCUUUUCAUCCAGAACAUCAAUCAACUUGCGAAAAACAAGCACCCGAAGUUGGCUCAAUACCGAUGUUUCCUGACAAUGAUAUUGAUACUCCGCAUGUUCUGCAGUCACCUUCUAACAGCUCAUGAUGUCAUCAAGAAACUACUUUCAGAAAGACUUCUUAUGGCGAAACUCUCUAGGAUGGCUAAUGGGCGAGACGGAGAGGACCCCACGUUCAUAAUAGUACAAAGGCUGAUCGCGAUCCGCAGCAACCCAACAGUCAUCUGCGACAAACGCGAAGAGCAUCUGGUUCACUCUCCAAAUCUUCAAGGAGAUAAGGAGAAGCUAGUAAGGGACUAUUAUGACUUGAUGCUCCAACUUCAUGAAAGUGAGCAAUGGGACGAACGUCUUAAGAGGAACAGUUGUCCGUACUGCAAGUGUGUUCCCGUCUAUCCCGUCAUCACAUCAUGCCAUCAUCUCUACUGCGAGGAAUGCUACAGUUUUCUCUCUGUCAAUGUGAGCACAGAUGAGGACAAGCCCAUUUGCCGUGUCUGCCAGGGACCUAUUCAGGAAGCAGCCUAUUGUGACGCAGUCGAAGGCUUCGAGCUUACACGGACACAAUCCACCCAGAACCCGCAACAAGAGACAGCGGCUCAAAGCAAGAAAAACAAAUCCAAGACGGGCGUGUGGCGAAAGCCUCAGGGUUCAUUUCGGCGACCGGCUUACCUGAACUCGGAUGAGGAGCCACCUACCGAGCCAGAUGCAGACGAGCAAACAGACUGGAUAGAAGCAUGCGCGAGCCAAAUGCCAUCGGCCAAACUGACCAAGAUCCGAGACUUGGUGGUGAAAUGGCUGGCUGAGUCGCCAAGGAACAAGAUCGUUAUCUUCACUCAAUUUCUCGACUUCAUCCGCAUUUUGGGGAAGAUGUGCCAGAGGGAGAAGUGGCCGGCAACUUCGUUGACUGGAAAAAUGAAUCUGGCCAAGCGAGAAGCAAGCAUGAAGCAGUUCAGCGACGUGAACGGCAACACGAAGAUCAUGCUGGCGAGUCUGAAGGCUGGUGGCAUAGGGCUGGAUCUGACCGCGGCGAACAAGUGCAUUCUGGUCGAUUUGUGGUGGAACGAUGCCGUCCAGGAUCAGGCUUUCUGCCGGGUGUGGCGCAUUGGCCAAACUCAAGAGGUGGAAUACAAGAAGAUCAUCGUCAGUGAAACCAUCGAUGACUAUCUUCUCCGGCUUCAAUCAGAGAAACUGGCGUCGAUCGAUCAGACCAUCGGCGACGAAAAGCUCAAGAGCCGCGACACAAUGGCAGAACUGCUCAACAUGUUUGCAGAUGUCGAGGUUGAUCCAAACGGCGCCUUCAGAUUAACUCGCAAACCCAAGAAGUCGAAUGCGUCCUCGAAGCCAGACGGCAAGAAAGAGGAGAAGCAGAGCGAUCCCCCGGAGUCGGAGUCGGUCCCCGCUGAGUCCUGAAUUCGAAUCUCCUUCUCUCUUCCGGUCAACACUGAUUCCUUACCAUAUACAAAACGAAUCUGG